GAAGUGAGAAUUUCUGCACUGCUGCUGGUACGAACACGAAAGAGGGACCUGCACUCAGGUGUGUGCGCGUGCAUGCACGUCGAGAACGCGCGCACAUGCCUUGAGCUGACUCGAGCAGUGUUCGAUUCGGUGAAGGAGAUCUCAACUUGCCGCCGUCGUCGGACUUACUCGCGUGGAUGCUGGAGCACGACCCGUUCCUGCACAAGGAUGCUGACCCCCAAGACCGCAGAGUCAUCAAAAUAUCGCUGAAACACCGGAUCAUCGAACUUUUAAUGCUUGCAUAUUAUUCUACAGACUGUCGCAUUUAAGUUUGGCGUUCCCAUCAUGUUUAGUUUAAGAGUCACCAGUGCCCUUUUGUGCGCCUGCCUACUAUGGUUGUUCUCCGGGAUUAGCGGACAGACUCCGAACUGCCAGGAGGUUCGCGCUGUGUUUCAGACUCUGCACCCAGGCUCCAAGUGGGUCCCUGAAACCGCCGUGUCAGGUGCUGACCUGCAGGUUUGCCAAACCAAAGGCCCAGCCUGCUGUUCCAAAAAGAUGGAGGAGCGCUAUCAGUUUGCCGCUCGCAGCAACAUGGAGUCCGGCCUGCAGGUUGUCAGCGCUCAACUCAAACGUAUUAUCAUCCAAAAUGCUGCCAUUUUUCAAGAGGCUUUUGACUUGGUGCUGCGUCAUGGUCGAAACGCUACACUGGCUAUGCUCAAGUCGGAGUUCCCUGCUCUCGGAGGUGGAGCCCAGAGCUCGGUCGGGCAGCUCUUCCUGGACAUGUCUCUCUACAUCCUGGGCUCAGACUCCACAGUGGAUCACAUGGUGGCAGUGCUCUACGGCCGCCUUUUUCACAUGACAUACCGCCGCUUGCUCGGCGGCAGCGGGUCUUUGUCCGAGGAGUGUGUCAGAGAGGCCUGGAAGGACUCGGGAGCCUUUGGCCCUUAUCCCAAAAUGAUGAUGACUCGUUUGUCCCGCUCCCUCCUUGCAACACGAGUCUUUCUUCAGGCGUUGAACCUGGGCAUCGAGGUUGUCAAUACCACUGACCACCUGAGACCCGGUCGGGACUGUAGCCGAGCCUUGAUGAGACUGUGGUACUGUCCACACUGUCAAGGCAUGAUUGGGCCGCCAGUCUGCAGAGGCUUUUGCCAAGCGGUGAUGCACAGCUGCCUGGCGGGAGCAGCCGAGGUGCAACCUCACUGGAAGACCUACGUGGACGGAUUGGGGAAGCUGGCAGCGGCCAUGAGCGGCGAGCAGGACAUGGAGGCGGUUGUCCUCAGACUUCCGGCUAUCAUUAAACUGGCUCUCAAACACGCAGUAAAUGCACGCAGCCGUCUCAGCAGUGUGGUGAGCAGCAUGUGUGGACAAUCUCAGCAGCGGUCCACCCGCUCUGUCGUGUCCCCGCCUUUCAGGCAUCCCGCUGCUUCUGUGGCCCGCAAAACUCAAGCCUCAGAUCCUGAUGAGACCUUAGGAGGCCUCCGCAGGGAGUUCAUUUCCAAUCUGAGAGAAUUCAGCUCCUUCUACAGUGGGCUCGGGGAGUCUCUGUGUAGCCGAGAGCCGGCUCCAGCAAACCAUUCUCUCUGCUGGAAUGGGCAAGAAAUGACAGACAGGUUUUCGGGGCCCAGCCUGAAGCGGUCGGGUUCUGAAUCCCGGAGCAACAAGCCCCUUGAGCCUGUCAUCAGUCAGAUGAUAGACAAACUCAAGCACAUCAACCAGCUGCUGCGGCAUGUAACGGUAUCUGAAAAGCGCUGGAGGGCCCGGACGCGCACAGGUGGCAGUGACGGAUGGAACGACGAAGGCGAAGAGGGAUUUCAAAGCGGCGACUGUGAUGAUGAGGACGAAUGCACUGGCGUGUCUGGCCUGGGACCACCCCCGCGACGCAAACGGUUACGCGUCUUUGCAGACCUUGCUGAUAACCUGGCUAUGGAUGACUUCACCUUCCAGGAGCAGCUUUUGACCCCUCGGUUGGCCACAGCUGGAGUUGGAGAUGUCUCUUCACCUGGGACUGCACUGCAGAGCGUCUACCUAGUCUUGAUGGUGGUGGUCAGUCUGUGUUUCUUUCUUCUGUCUCAGCACUGAGCGUCUGCCCUGCGAGCUCACUUGCACGCAUUGCAAACUCUAUAGAACAAGAGAAACUUAUUGUUCCAGAGGCACGGUUCCGAUAAGAUUUAAGCAUCAGACAAGGCUCCAUUCUCUUGAACUUUGGAUUGUUUUUUUAAAGCACAACUGAUGAACUCAGUAUGGUAUGUAAAUAAGAAGUUCAUUCUCUGCCUCUCCCACGAUUACCAAAUGAGAGUCCAGCAGCAUCCCCACUCUAAUUCUGAUGUCUCCACUCUGAUUCUGAUGUUCAAGUCUUCUCUUUUUACUGAACAUUGUCAUUGACUGGCAAGUGAAGAUAGGAGUUCUGUAGUUGGACUUUUCUUUUAAUGCUCCCUGUCCUUGUCUGCACUGAAUUACCUCCCGCCUUACCCCCCCACAAGAUGUCACCCACAGAAGUUAUGUCCUCGAGGGAGCCAAAUAAUUUUAGACUGGUUGCUCUUACCGGCUCGUCACAAAAGGAGUUGAGGCCUGAGAGUAUAUGUACAAACUGUAAAUUUGUCUUUGUUGGUUCCAUGUUUUCAAAAUACGUUCAUUUGCAAUAUUAACAUGCUGUAUUUCAUAAGCCACGGAGUGGACAUUAAAAAAAUGCUGAAAAGUAUUUCACAUGCUGUUAAACUGGAAUUGUGUGUAAAUAUUUAGACGUGUGAACAUUACCUCCACCAAACACAAGCGCAAGGGAGGAGGCAAUUUAAAAAAAAAAAGGGUUUUCAUUCAUCUACUUUGAUGUUCGAUGAUGCGUAGAUGUUCUUGAUAGCAUGUUGUGGAAGACACAUUGACAACAUUGUAAAUAAUUACGACCAGUUCAAAUACUCCUAUUGUUUAUAAAAGACAAAACUUUCAAACCACAUUCAAAUUUGGUCACAUUUGAAAAAGCCAUGUAUAUGGCAUGGCGCGUUGGCCCUUUAAGAGAUUCAUGUGUUUAACUAUGACACUGGCAUCCAUAGAUAGUGCCUUGAGCACUGAAUCACACCAAACCAACAUUUCUUACAUUAUUUUUCUAUUGUUUGUACGAGUGUUUCCAGUUAAAUAUCUAAGUAACACACUGUUACUAUGAUGGUAAAUAUAUACAUUUAGUUUUCCUGGGUGUCUUUAGGUAUAGAUGUGAUGUGUAUGUUUUCUGAAUAACUGACUUUGAGCUUUUUUUUUUUUUUCGGUGGUUUAUCUCAAUUUGUCAUGAGCAAUGAAAAGCGCAAAUUUCUUAUUCAUGAGUCUACAAAUUCAGUUCGCCAAAUAAAAUUGCAAUGGGCCGGUUAGAUAGAAUCAAAGAAAUUGUUCAGUCUUAGUUGUGGUGUAGACAGUAAAAUGGUGAGUCCAUCUCCAAGCUGCACAAGGAUGAAGAUUUUUUCAUCCUCCACUUGCUCCGUUUUUCCGAUUAUUUCAUCGUUGCCGUAUGAUUCAGCUAUCAAUGUGAUGUCAAUGGGUUCUAUUUUCAUAGACAACACACCUGCACCUGGGUAUAUAAACAAACUGUAAUGCUGGCGCAAGCUUAGUUUAGCAUGUUUGAAAAUUUGUCUGACCAUACUGGCCAUACUGGGCUUUUCGGCAGAUUGAGGGCAUUUUUUUUUUUUUUUUACACGGCCUCGGCGCACCUGACAAUUUGCUGGCUUAAAGUAGACUAAACUUUAGACCAGCUGGAAGCAGAUCACAUACAGACACGGAUUGAAAGUCUGUCUCAAGUGCCCACUUAGCGGUGAUCUGUGAUCACCCUGGCCAGCUUUACAUCAUCCACCCGUGGAGGUCUGCUCGCAGUUUCUUGUAAACAUUCUUUGCCUGCUUCAAUCUUCUGUAUGGACUCCAACGAGUCUAUUUCUUCCGCAAUGUCAAAGACUGCGUUUAAAGGGAGUAGUCACCGUGAAACCCAAGUCAGCUGUGUUCACGCCCACGAUGGCGCUCACGCCCGCUUCUAACUGUGCUCAUCUGCGAAAAGAAAAAAAGCAAACAAUUAGAUCGUGCUUUGCUGGGCAUGAAAAUAGAACCCUGUGUGUAUAGUAUGAUUAUGGGAAAGGGGGGUGAACAUCAAUGAUGUCAUAGUCAUCAGGACUACUGUAGUGGAGUAUCCUGUCAAUGUCAAGUCACAAAAUUAUUCAAUUAAUUUCCAUUUCCAGCAGCUGUUAUAUACACUUUCUGAUCCUAUGUUGCGUUUAUUUAUUUAUUUAUUUAUUUAUUUAUUUAUUUAUUUAUUUAUUUAUUUAUUUAUUUAUUUAUUUAUUUAUUUAUUUAUUUAUUUAUUUAUUUAUUUAUUUAUUUAUUUAUUUAUUUAUUUAUGCUCAUUGUAAGUUUGGCUUGAGGUUAUCAAUUAUGAAUGCAGCUGUCUCCAACUGAUUUUCAAAAGUGUGAAGACUUGCACUAUAAAGUUGCUGCCGCCAAAAUGGCAUUACUUGUUGAUUUGAAUGACAACACUUAAAGAAAGUGGCUCUGUGUUGCCACAGAAUAGGUUAGUAGGAUCUGAUUGAAUGUUGCAUCAGUAUUUUGUAUUUGUCAUGACAAAAUGUGUCCAAUCAAAUGGUUUCCAAAUUGCUGUGCUGAACCGUAUUUUAAAAUGCAGAUUGGGAAAAGUGGCAUUUAAUUUCAAUGAAUGUAUUUAAAUUGAAAUGAAUUAUUUAACAUUUAUAUAAAUGUACGUAUGUGUAAUGUGAGUAAUUACCCAUUGAUCAUUCUAUUUAUUUGAAAUACAUGUUCAUGAUAUGCCAUUUUACAUCAUCAUUAAAAGGAAGA